AUUCCAUUAUUACAAGGUUUUCCCAAUAUUUUUCUCUCUCUUCUUGGUUUGUAGGUCCCCUACAGGUCUAAAGGGGUCACUACAUAAAGUUGCAGUACUAGCAGGUAGCAGACCUCAGUGCUCAUUGCCCAGUCUCUCCCCCUCUCUCUCUCGACCUGCCUCUAUGUUCUCUUCUUUUGAGAGAAGCGAAGAAUAGCCGCAAGCCUGCGGCACAAAGAAAGCGCAGCAAGUUUUCAAAAGAACCCGCCACCCCCUCUAGCUCCUAGCCGUGAGCCGUCCCCUCAAUCCUCUCUCUCAUAUUUAUUUCUUGUUUGCCCCUCCAUCCUCCAUUUUCUUGGUUGCCGUGCGAGUUCCAAGUACUGCUGUCUCCCUUUGCGCUCGCUUGCUUCUUCGUUUCUGGUUCAGUAGGUAGUGUUGUUCCAAUGCAAGAAAGCAUCAGGAGGAACUGUCCUGGAUGAGUUUGAUUGCCCUUGAAAGCGAAGUUGUUGUAGGAAGAAGGAAGAGGAUAUAUGGCUCCCAAGGAAGAGGCAGGUGAAGAAGAGAGGCCGAAGGAUCUUCUUGGAUCUUCAGAUAAGGAAGCAGAGGACCAAGAGAAUACUAAGAGGGACUCCGAUGAAACGACCAAUGAGGAUUGUGACAACGGUGGGUCCGUAAUUGAAGCCACGGUAUCGAGUGAUGAUCUCAAUGAUAGGUAUGGCAGUGACAGCAACAGCCAAUUUGCUGAAUCUGAAGGUGCUUGCAAAGAACUGCCAGAAAUGGGCUCCAAGAGCAGUAACGGCGACAACAGUGAGUGCGCCGAUGAAGUGCCUGAAAUGGGCUCCAAGAGCAGUAGCGGUGACAACAGUGAGUGCGCCGAUGAAAUGCCUGAAAUGGGCUCCAAGAGCAGUAGCGGUGACAACAGUGAGUGCGUCGAUCGGAGCUCUCCCCGUGCCGUGCUAGAUAUCUCAGUAUCUGAUAGUGUGGACUCUGAUGACAGCUCCUCAGUUGAGCAGUCAGCAGAGUCAAACCACAAUGUGAAGUGGAGGGAUCUGAUCAGGGGGUUAAUACUUAGGAGAAAGAAGUCCAUGGCUAGAGCAGUGACAUUCCCUCAGAGAUCCAAGAGUAGAGGGCUUCAAGGGUAUCUCGAGAGGAUCCGGAGCGGUAAGAACCAAAUGGACUGUAGUGCCAUUGCUCCAGAGAUCCUUCCUGAGAUCGGGAAGUGGAGACCAUCAUGGAGAAGCUUUGACUACGAUGAGCUUUGUGCUGCAACUGACAGAUUCAGUUCAGAAAAUUUGAUCGGGAAGGGAGGGCAUGCUGAGGUGUACAAAGGACAGCUUGCUGAUGGACAGUUUGUUGCAGUGAAGAGGUUAACAAAAGGCGGUAACAAAGAGGACAGGAUUAGCGAUUUCCUAUCUGAGCUUGGAAUAAUAGCCCAUGUUAACCACCCUAACGCAGCGCAGCUUUUGGGGUUUAGUGUGGAAGGGGGCUUGCAUUUGGUUCUUCAGUUCUCGCCUCAUGGAAGCCUGGCUUCAGUUCUUCAUGGUACAAAGGAACCCCUGAAGUGGAAAGUCAGGUUCGACAUUGCACUUGGAAUCGCUGAAGGGCUGCUUUAUCUUCAUGAAGGCUGCCAUCGCCGCAUAAUUCACAGAGACAUUAAGGCUUCUAAUAUCCUUUUAACUGAAGACUACCAACCUCAGAUAUCAGAUUUUGGGCUUGCAAAAUGGCUUCCUGACAAAUUGACCCAUCAUGUUGUGUUUCCCAUUGAAGGCACAUUCGGGUAUAUGGCCCCGGAAUACUUCAUGCAUGGGAUCAUAAAUGAGAAGACUGAUGUGUUCGCAUAUGGAGUUUUGCUUCUUGAGUUAGUUACUGGGCGGAAAGCGGUGGACUCCUCCAGACAGAGCCUAGUGAUAUGGGCGAAACCUCUGCUUGACUCAAACAACGUAAAAGAGCUGGUGGAUCCUUCCCUUGGCAAUGAAUAUGACCCAGAAGAGCUAGUGUACACCCUAGCAGUGGCAUCCAUGUGCAUUCACCACAGCUCAAGCUCCCGGCCCAGUAUGAAAUCGGUGGUAUGUUUCUUGAAGGGAGACAGGGAGUCACUUGAAUUGGUGACAAGGCCUAAAAUCGUUAAGCCGCUUAUGUUUGACUCCUGUGAUUCAGAAGAUUACACGCGCUCAAGUUACCUCCAUGAUCUAGACCGGCACAAGCAGCUUGCAUUGGAGCAGUGAGAUUUGAAUUGAUUUUGGACAGAUUUGCCAUAAUUUUGUACAUCGCCACUAUCUAGCUACAUUGUGAUCCUCCCGCUUUCCAAAGAGGUUUAAAGAUUGUAUGGAUUGAUGUGAGGGAUCAGUCAUCAUUUCGUUUACUUGCUUGUUGCUGAUCUAUGGUGUGAUUUUGCCCGAAGUUUUAAUGCAUGUUGUGGCCCUGUGAUCUGUA